AUGCCGUUCGACCGCUUACGCAGCGCUCUUUUCUCCAGACACAAGGAUGUCGACCGUGCACGCUCUACUACCACAACGGCAACAAUGAUGGUCCAACCUACUGCAUGCAGUCCCACGUCAUGGAGCUCCACCCACGAUGACUUUAGGUGUCUUCGCUUUUUUGUCUGGACAGGUGGAGACCCAGGGUUCACCUUGACAACAUCUACAGAGUCGGAGGAAAAAGCCGAUGCCUUUGCACUAGAUGAAGACGCCGAGUUGAGAGUGGAUCGUGUCACGGCACGGAAAGUCUGGGAAGCUGGGAUCCGCCCAGGUGAUGUUUUGGAGACUGUAUCAGGCAAGAGAGUGCAUACCAUGGACACGGAGGCGGCCAUUGUGUUGGUACAAAUGUCCAAAAGCCCUGCAAUCAUUCGAUUCCGGUCAGCAAUAUUCCGUAAACGCGUGCGCUUUGAUGUCCUUCUAGGCCAUCAGAAACUGGGUGUGUUCUUCACAGGAGAUGGGAGUCACGACGUCCCCGUUGUCACUCGGAUCGGCACCUUCAAUAGUGCUUCUUCCUUUCCUUCAGGCAUUCGCGUCGGUGACGUACUCGUGGCAGUCAAUAGCAAAGAUGCAGUCGCAGCAGGACUCAGCAUGUCGACAAAAUACCUCGAAACGUGUCCACGUCCAGUGAGAUUGACAAUUGAGCGUGACGCGAACGAAGACGACGCGAAUGGCUGGUUUGACAGCCAAACCGCCAGUGAAGAGUCGGGGGAGCACCGAAGACGCUCAUUUUCUCUACGUAGCGCGAUCCCCAGUAUGGCAAUGUCAGCGGUGACUCGAGAGGCUGCAAGUCUUCGCUGUAAGGAAUUCUUGAGAUCUCUGAUGCCUUCGGGUGUUCACCAUUCACUUUUACAGUCUGAAGGUGAAAAUCACUCGCAUAACCUCGAAUCAAAGCGCAGCGAGGUUCUGAUCGAGUGGAAGAACGGGCCUCUAGGGCUGACACUGUUCGAAGAUGCCAUUACAGGUGCAGCAAUAGUGAACCGUUUAACCGGAAAAGGGUCAUCGGCCAAUGUUGAGCACCUCCAACAUGGAUUCCAGUUGUACUCGAUAAACGGCGUACAAGCUGACAGUCGUCCGCUAGAUGAGUUGUACAGAGAUCUGUUGGCUCUACCGAAGCCUGUGCUGCUAGUCUUCCGCCCACCUGGUUUCAACGACACAAGCGAUGAAGACAGCUCCGAACAGAGUUCUAGCUCGCCUACGUCGACGACUCCAGACAUUUCACCCAAUGCUGAGGACGGGCUGGAUGAAGAUGGUCACCGCGCGUUGGUUAGGACGUCAGCAGUGCAGCAUCGUUGUCCCCAACAAGCCACCAUGAUCCGCGAACACUAUGAAUACGAAGUGGUGUGGACGGCAUCGCAACUUGGACUACAACUCGAAAUCCCUCACCCGAGUGCAAAAGUUAAAACACCCAGUCGACGUCACUACCCGAUCGUCCACAAAAUCCUCAAGGAAUCCACGCUUGGUCUGCCGAGUGACGCUGUUGGGCAUCUCUUUGUCUCCGUUAACAACUGGAGUACUUCCGGUUUGAGUACGACGGAACUUCGCACGCUUCUUCGAGUUGCAACCAGACCAGCCGUGCUACGUUUCCGCAGACAAGAAGGGCUACCAGGUUUCCAGCGGACAUUCUUGUCGAGUUCUUCGUAUGAUACGGAUGAAGAAGCCUUGCACAACAGGAGACCGACGUUCGGAUCAGCGUACAGUAUUCUCUGGAGUGAGGGGAAGCUAGGCAUCAUUUUCGGCUGCUACCAAGACGCUGAUUGUCAGAACGCUCUGGUUGUAUACGUGAAGCAUAUUGGACCGGGACAGGCUCAGAAGUCCAAACUUGUAUCCGUCGGGGAUGUUCUUCGAAGCAUUAACGGUCGAGAUCUCCCUCCAAAGCAGAAGUUCAAGAAGACCAUGCGCUCCCUGAUCAAUACCAAGCAGCCUGUGACGCUUGGAUUCCGUCGACUCUUGGUUGAACGCUGCUCAGACUAG